CGGGCCUUUAUCAGUUCUGUGUACUCAUUAUUGUUUUUAUUUUCUGUCACUUCCUUAGGAAUACUAUCGGCUUCAAGUACUGGCUAAUGCGUUUCAUAUGGCAGUGUAUAUACUACCUGCUAAUACUGACAACUAUGUUCAUGCAAGUCUACAGCCCUGAACCGAGCCUACUCUUGGGACUGUUCGCUGUUAUUUCAGGCUUUGCUGUUGUUUUUCUGUUGCUCGAACUGAUCCAGUGUUUACACGAUCCACAGCGAUAUCUCACGUCACCAUAUAACUAUGUCGAUCUGCUUGCAUUCACCUUGCCGCUUGUAGGAAGCAUCCUACAGAUUGUAAACAUUAUCCAGGAGGAUCGCGAGGGGAAUACGUCUUUACUCAGCUUUUCAGUGCUCCUUAUUUGUCUUCACUUUCUGUUCGAGCUCAGAGUCAACGAAAGAGUGUGUCAUUUCGUCACAAUUGUUGUCCAAAUUUUAGGUCGCAUUCGCGUUUUCUUCAUGUUCUUUGCUGUAGGAAUCUUUGCCUUUGCAACUGCAAUCCUGCACUUAUAUUGGGCAUGUCCAUAUGACAAUUGCGAAGACUUGAAAGAGGAUGUCAGCUUCCCGAAGCACUUCCUUCAUGCAUUCUUUUCGACAUAUUUCUUUUUGGUGAGUUAAUCCUUUGAUAUCAGUAGCAUGCACCUAUUAGACAUCUUGUUAUAAAUAGAGACUACCCAUAGGUGUAUAGAGUUACUAAGGCCCUCUUUAUUUAUGUGCAAUUAGGGUGGCGUGUGGGACCCGGUCAGCAACACUUUUGGCGAAAGAAACUGGGCAUUUCAGUUCAUGAUGUUCAUAUACUUUUUCUUUACAACUAUCUUGCUGCUCAACGUCCUCAUUGGUAAGUUAGGAUGACUUGUAUCUUGUAUUCCCAGGACUGAAAUAGUGUUAAAAAAAAAAAAAUCUCACCAUCCAUUUUUUUUCUAGCAUUGAUGAAUGUGGCCUUCAAUGUCGGUGAUGAAACGUGGCGAUUGGUUUGGACAGAGAACAGACUGAGAUAUGUGGAAAGUGCAGAGAACCUGCUAUAUCAUGAUCCAGGUGAGGCCUGAACCCUCUAUGAGAUGAUUAUGUGA